AUGUCCUGGAAGGAGGAGCGUAUGAAUCCACCCCCAUGUUUCAUCCAGCGCCUGGACCACCUUGUAUUGACUGUGAAGAGCAUUGAGGACACUGUGGCCUUUUAUUCCAAAGUCCUGGGCAUGGAGGUGGUGACUUUCAAGGGCGACCGCAAAGCUUUACGUUUUGGCAACCAGAAGUUUAACCUGCAUGAAGCUGGGAAGGAGUUUGAACCCAAGGCUCGGUGCCCGGUCCCUGGCUCUGCAGAUAUCUGCCUUAUCACACAGGUGCCUCUGGACCAGCUGCUGGAUCAUCUGAAGGCCUGUGGGGUGAUCGUUGAAGGAGGUCCUGUGGCCAGAACUGGUGCCGUGGGUCCAAUAACAUCCGUCUACUUCCGAGACCCCGAUGAGAACCUGAUUGAGGUUUCCAGGUACAACACAGACGUGACUGCAGUCAGCGGAGGGAAACCCUAACCUAUACUCUGUCCCAGCAGGAGACAGGAUGCCAGGCUUUGGAUGGCCAGUUUCAAGUUCAAGCUUUUAUUUUGCAAACCUAGCACAAGCCUCAAACCCCAGCCAUGAAAGUAAGGCUGCAUGAACCUUGGGAGCUUUCCCAAGGCAGCCUGCUCAGCUCUCACCCCUGGGCAUGAAUCCUACUUUUAUAAAUCACCAUCAAUGGAGACUUCAUGACCUUCUUGGAAGAUCUGUCCUGCUUCUGCUGCACUACUUUUUUGGGACAUUUUUCCUGAUGUCUGACACCCCUUUUGCUGCAGUUGAAGCCCCUCAUUUCUUCACUAACCUCCAUGAAUACAAAGAACCUGUCAUUCCUCUUUCCUCUAAAUACUCACAUUUCCACAGCUGAAGAUUUCCGUCUCCCUUCCUCUCCAUCCUCCUGCUUGGCUUGCCUCGGGUGGGCUGGCACUGGUGGCUCUCCCACCAAGCCAAUGUUUUAAAUCCUGCCUGGGAAGUGAGAACUUGGCAUCAGUGUCUGACACAGGAGGCUCUGUGCCUCCUACUCAGCUCUGCAUAAACACUUACAGGGUUCCUGUAACCCAAGAUGGGAGAGCGCAGAGAUGAGAUGGCUGCGUGGAAGGGAGAGUGUCUAAAGUCAGAGAGUUGACCCAGAUUUAUGCAGGGAUGAGGGGGAAAUAGGGUGCUAAGAAGAUGCUGGCGUAAGGCAGAAAACUUUGGCUUGCCCUUGCAGCCCAGCUUGGUCACCCUGUUUUCCCAGUGAGGCGGCAGGGCUUUACUCUGGUCCUUGUACCAGCUGCACGUGUUUGGUCUGCACAUCCCAGCUGCCAAGCAACCUUGCUCCUUUCCAUCCCAUC